CAUUACUCAGCAUUGAAAUUUGGAAGCUUUGGAUGUGAUAAACUGAUAAUAUAUUUAAUUCAAAUAUAUGUCUUGAUGCGAUGAACUUCUGCGGCUGGGCUGCUGGGCUUUUGGCUUUUCUACAACCAAAUGGCCACGACGCCAUUGAAACCUUUUUGUCAUCAAUUCUCAGCAUGAUCAAUAACUGUAAGAUUUUGAGAACCACGACUACUAUAAAUCAACACCUAACUUUGUUACUCUCCUGAAAUUAAGCCUCACCCAUCUCUUGAACAUUAUUUCUUCCCUUACAGUUCUUAUUAGGACCCCAAGCAUCCCUCACCAUGAUGGAGAUGGACCUUCAGUCCCUGGCCACUCUCUUCCUUGUCGGGCUCAUCUCCACCAUCCUGGUUCGAACAGUUCUCAGCAGGACUAGUCGGCCUCGCCUUCGCCUCCCUCCCAGCCCCAUGGCCUUGCCCGUCUUCGGACAUCUUCACCUCCUUGGCCCCUCCCCUCACCAGGCCUUCCACAAGCUGGCCGCCCGCUAUGGACCCUUGUUCUACCUCCGCCUAGGCUCCGUCCCUCAUGUUGUCGUCUCCUCCCCUGAAAUCGCCAAAGAUUUCCUCCGCACCCAUGAGUUGGCCUUUUCCGCCCGCCCUCAGUCCGAAGCCGCACGACAGAUUAGCUACAACUUUGCCGACUUCUCCUUCAUCCCCUACGGCCCUUACUGGAAGUUCAUGAAGAAGCUCAUCAUGUCCGAGCUCUUUGGCAGCCGAAUGCUCGACAAGUUCCUCGCUAUCCGGCAUGACGAGACACAGAGCUUUAUCAAGUUUUUGGUGAACAAGUCGGAAGCUAGACAAGAAGUUCAUCUCAGCGGGGAGCUCAUCAGACUGACCAACAACGUGAUUUCCAGGAUGGCCAUAAGCAGGAGGUGCUCAGGGAACGACGAUGAGGCCGAGGAGGUUAAGAAUCUGAUAAUGGAGAUAGCUGACCUCCUGGCGGCGUUUAAUAUAGGAGAGUUCGUUCCAUUACUCAAGAGCUUUGGGUCCAAAGGUUUUGAUGAAAGGGUGAAGGAUGUCCACCGGAGGUUCGAUGUGAUCAUGGAGAAGGUCAUAACAGAGCACGAAGAGGCUCGACGGAAGAAGGAGGAGAUCAAAGGCGACGGCGUGAAGGAUAUUCUUGAUAUGCUGCUUGAUAUAGCCGAGGACGAGAACUCUGAGAUCAGGUUAACCAGAGAGAAUAUCAAGGCCUUUCUUCUGGACAUCAUUGCAGCAGGCACGGAUACAACUGCUCUGACAAUUGAGUGGGCGCUAGCAGAGCUGAUCAACCAUCCUCCACUGUUCAAGAAACUAAGAGAAGAACUGGAUUCCGUCGUCGGCAAGAGAAAGUUGGUCGAAGAAAAUGACAUCCCUAAUCUACCUUACCUCCAGGCAGUCGUAAAGGAGACUCUGAGGCUGCAUGCUCCCGCCCCACUAAUCGUCCGGCAAUCAGUUCGCCACUGCAACAUCAGAGGCUACGACAUACCGGCGAAUGCUAGGAUGUUUGUGAAUCUGUGGUCCAUCUCAAGAGACCCCAACUACUGGGAGGAUCCCUUCACAUUCAACCCUGAGAGGUUCAUGCCUUCAGGCAAGAACGGGUGGAAUUCAAUGGAUGUAAGGGGCCAGUAUUUCCAUUUCAUGCCGUUUGGAACCGGAACGAGGGCUUGUCCGGGGACGACCUUGGCCCUACAUCUUCUGCACGUAACUAUAGCUGCUAUGAUCCAGUGCUUUGACUGGAAGGUUCUCAAUGUUGGAAAGGAUGGGCUGGUGGACAUGGCUGAGGGAACAGGCUUAGCAACUCCCAUGGCCCACCAUUUGGUCUGCCAGCCCAUCAUCCACUUCAAUCCAUUCUCAGUCACAGAGAGCUGAAUUAGGAAAUGGGAUCAUCAGUUCAUCAAUCAUCAUCACUGUCUUAGUAUUUUUUUUUUUUUWUUUUUUUUUAUUUUGUGAUGUUGGUUCUCUCAUCUCUGCUAGUAUUUCAGUAUUUGUAUUGAAACAAACUGGGCCUGAUUGGAGCUGGGGCCCAUCUAAAAAAUAAAACCCCAGCCCGGCCCACUUACACCCUAUAUCUGUAGGUUCAUGCCUAUCAUCUUAAACUUAAACCUAUAAUUUCUUCUUUCAGAGUUUUAAUUUAGAAUAGUUCAUAACAUUAUGUAUCUUUGCCAUGUGGCAAAGCAAUUUUAUCAUACUUAUCACAUAAAUCAAAGAUUAAUUGUUAA